AUGAAGCAGGGUGCAUCUCUCCUGCUGUCGCUCGCCGCGGCGGCCUCCAGCGUCGGCGUGGCAGCUGCGCAAAAGUAUGCUUUCGCUCACCACGUUGUUGGUGACACCGUAGCUCACACUCAGGCUGACUGGGAAAACGACAUCACGCUCGCCCACGACGCUGCCCUGGACGCUUUUGCUCUUAACGUUGGAUACCCCAAUGACAACUAUCUGUCGACCCAGGUAGCAAAUGCCUUUGCCGCCUGUGAGGCCCUUAGCAAUGGCUUCAAGUUGUUCUUCUCCUUCGACUACCUCGGUGGUGGCCAAGCAUGGCCCGCAUCAGAGGUAAUCUCGUGGUUGGAGGAAUACAGCACCUCGGACUGCUACUUGACCUACAAUGAUUUGCCCUUUGUCUCUACCUUUGAAGGUACCGACAACAUCGAAGACUGGGCCCCUGGCGGCACCAUCCGGUCUGCCAUUGAUGUGUACUUUGUACCAUGCUGGACGAGUCUGGGUACCUCUGGUCUCACUCCUUACCUGGACUAUGUCCAGGGUUUCUUCAGCUGGAACAUGUGGCCGGUUGGUGCCAGCGACAUGAGUGACGAGGCCGAUCUCGAGUGGAUUGACGCCAUUGGCUCGGACAAGACCUACAUCAUGGGAGUUUCCCCCUGGUUCUUUCACAGCACCACCGGCGGUGAUUAUCGGUGGAUUUGGCGCGGUGAUAACCUGUGGGCUGACCGGUGGCAAGAAGUAUUCAGCGUCGGACCUCAAUUCGUGGAGGUCGUUACCUGGAACGACUGGGGCGAGGCUUCCUACGUCGGACCCUUCUACAGUGACGACGAAGUCCCAGCUGGAUCCUUGGAGUACGUCGAGGACAUGCCGCACGAGAGCCUCCGAGACUUCCUGCCGUACUAUAUCGCGACCUUCAAGGGCAACGACUUUGACAUCUCGCGCGACCAGAUGCAAUACUGGUACCGUCUGUCGCCGCUGUCCGGCGGCAGCGAGUGCGGCAUCAUUGGCAACGACCCUGAUGACGGGCAGACCGCAGUCGACGCCAACUCGAUCCCAGAAGACAAGGUGUUCUUCAGCGCCCUGUUGAUGUCCGAUGCGACCGUCGAGGUGCAGAUUGGCGACAACGCUGCGGUGUCGUACAGCGGUGUCGCAGGUCUCAACCACUGGGACCAGGACUUCAACGGCCAGACCGGCGCUGUCACCUUCAGCGUCAUCCGUGACGGCGCCACGGUCAAUAGCGGCACCGGUGCUACCAUCACCGCGGACACCGAUCUGUCCGAUGGCUGCACCAACUACAACGCCUGGGCGGGCAGCUUCUAA